ACUGAGAACCGCGUGAAACCCUCACUUCCUCUAUGUAGUGCAGUUUCCCGACCACAAGCACCAAAGCAGAGGGGCAGGCAGCACGCGGCCCAGCAGCCAGAGUACCAGCCCAGCCAUGGUCCCUGAGAUGAGCCAACGCCAAGAGUUCCAAGCCUCUGAGUUUGCCUUUUUCCUGGAAAACUCUUCCUAUGACUAUGAGAAUGAGAGCGACUCCUGCUGUGCCUCCCCACCCUGUCCGCAGGACUUCAGCCUCAGCUUCGACCGGGCCUUCCUGCCGGCCCUCUACAGCCUCCUAUUCGUGCUGGGGCUGUUGGGCAACGGUGCCGUGGUGGCCGUGCUGCUUAGCCAGCGGGUGGUCCUGAGCAGCACCGAUACCUUCCUGCUGCACUUGGCCGUGGCCGACGUGCUGCUGGUGCUGACGCUCCCGCUCUGGGCGGUGGAUGCGGCCAUCCAGUGGGUGUUCGGCUCCGGCCUCUGCAAAGUGGCGGGUGCCCUCUUCAAUAUCAACUUCUAUGCGGGGGCCCUCCUGCUGGCCUGUAUCAGCUUUGAUCGGUACCUGAGCAUCGUGCACGCCACCCAGCUCUACCGCCGGGGCCCCCAGGCCCGUGUGACCCUCACGUGCGUGGCGGUCUGGGGGCUCUGUCUGCUCUUUGCGCUCCCAGACUUCAUCUUCCUAUCGGCCCACCCUGAUGAGCGCCUCAACGCCACCCACUGCCAGUACAGCUUCCCCCAGGUGGGCCGCACAGCCCUGCGCAUCCUGCAGCUGGUCGCAGGAUUCCUGCUGCCCCUGCUGGUCAUGGCCUAUUGCUACGCCCGCAUCCUGGCUGUGCUGCUGGUCUCCAGGGGCCAGAGGCGGCUCAGAGCCAUGCGGCUGGUGGUGGUGGUCGUCGUGGCCUUCGCCCUCUGCUGGACCCCCUACCACCUGGUGGUGCUGGUGGACACCCUCAUGUACUUGGGGGCCUUGGCCCGCAACUGUAGCCAAGAAAGCAGGGUGGACGUAGCCAAGUCGGUCACAUCGGGCCUGGGCUACAUGCACUGCUGCCUCAACCCACUGCUCUACGCCUUCGUGGGUGUCAAGUUCCGAGAGCGGAUGUGGAUGCUGCUCAUGCGCUUGGGCUGCCACCAACGGCAGCCACCAGUUUCCCGCCGGGAUUCCUCCUGGUCGGAGACCACAGAGGGCUCCUACUCAGGCUUGUGAGGCUGGGAUGGGGGAAUCCACCUUCACCACGCAGCCUGACCCCCCCCCCCCCCACCUUCCAGGCUCCUCCCUCCCAAGCCCCCGAGACACACACUCCUAGGAGUCUCCGGCGGCCCCAGGACCACGGGUCUCCCAUGGAGCCUCCCUCCAGGCUCUGGGGGCUGAGCCAUCGCUGCUCCUUAGCUGCCGCCACUUCAGAGGUGACUGCCUCCAGGCCCUUCCUACCUUGGCUGUGCAGAACCCCACCACCCUCCUGAUUCAGUAACUAGGCCUCGGCCUUCCCCAUAUGCAGGGAGCACGAGACAAAUAGUGUCAAGGCAGCUGCCUCUAUGAGGCCUUGGCCCAGGCCUCCUGCUCAGUAGUGACAGUGGCUGUGGUCCCCGAGGCCUCUGUAUUUGCUCAAUUUGAUUUUUGUGUCUAAAAUUCUGCUUCAAACUUGUCAAUAAACAAGCUGAUCAGGA